AUGUCCUGUUCUGCUUUUGGGUUCUUAGUCAAAGAAUUGAGCGAUCGUUUCGUAUCUUCUUCUUCGUCGCUGGAAGACGAGAGUCACUGUCGACUGUUGUCGAAAGCUCUUGCAAGUUGCACCUCAUAUGUUCGAUGAAUGUUCCACUUCCAUUUGGAGGCAUCUUUGUUCUUCUUUAGUUGGGGUCCAUUUAAUGGGAUUCCAAGAUUAAAUUUAUUGGUGCAAGCUGUGAUUUUGGUGAGGAUGAAGAAGGCCGUCAUCGAUAACCCGAAGAAGCUCGCAAACUUGAUUGACCUCGUCAACCUUCCUUCAACAGUGAGAGAGUUCGUGGGGCAGUCGCAAAUCUCUCGACUGGGCUGUUUCUUGUCCGUGUGGUCCUACAUCAAAGCCAACAAUCUUCAGGAUCCGAACAACAGAAACAUAGUCAACUGUGAUGAGAAACUGAAACGCAUAUUGUUGGGCAAGCCCCAGGUCGACCUUGCCGAACUUCCGAGCCUCGUCAAGUUACAUUUCCCGAAAGAGCCCAAGUGAUUUGCCAAUCUUGAUGCUGAAAGUCUUGCCGGGAUCUCUUCUUCCUCCUCUUAGAUGCUUCACUAUAUACUUUGCUGGGAGUUCUCUCUGUAAUUUGGUGUAAAGGUUACUCAUUCCUGUGGGGAUUGAGUAACAAGGCAUUGUAAGACAGGUAAAAAGAGUACCUUUUCGUUAAGUCAUGCUGCUUUAUCUUCGAGGCUUGGCUGGUAAAAGCAAGAAACCAGUUUCCACCUCAACCUAGGAAUUUUGCUACUCUGUGUAUUUAAGUAUUUACUGCAGCAAGAAACCAGUUUCUGCCUCAAAGUAGGAAUUUCCUUCUUGAUGCCUUAA